AUGCUGCUGCUGCUGCCCCGCUGCCCCAGGACAGAGCCCCUCAGCGGGACCAGCCAGGAGCCGCUGUUCCGCGGGGCAGAUCGCUACGACUUCGCCGUCGUCAUCCCUGCAGGCACCGUGGAGUGUUUCUGGCAGUUUGCACACCAGGGAGGCAACUUCUUCUUCAGCUACGAGGUGCAGCGGGCGACAGGAAUCGGCAACAGCAGGAACAUCCUGGUCACGGCAAGCGACCCCAGUGGCUUCCAGCUUGGCCUGUCCCAGGACGUGAGAGGACAGAUCAACUUCCUCACCAAGGACACAGGUUUCUACCAGCUGUGCCUGGACAAUGAGCAAAACCACUUUGGCCUCAUGCAGGUGUAUCUCAACUUUGGUGUCUACUAUGAGGACUUCAACAUGGAGCAUAAGGAGCUACAGGAGAAGAAGGAGCUGAAUGACACACUGGAGGCAAUCGAGCUCAGCAUCCAGCGGCUGCAGAUCCACACCUUCCACAUGUGGCGCUUCUACAACUUUGCCCGGAUGCGGAAAGGGGCUGACUCCUUCCUCCUGGAGGACAACUACAACUAUGUCAACAGGUGGUCGAUGGUCCAGAGCUGCGUCAUUGUCCUCUCUGGGGUGAUGCAGCUCUACUUCCUCAAGCGCCUCUUCCAUGCGCAAACCUCAGGCAGCCAGAAGUGCUAG